GAAAUUGGUAUGGGUGAGCAGGAAGGAGGACUUUAUUACUUUAAGGAGCCUGAAAAGAAGAUGGUGUGCAGUGCGAAGAAGGAAAGUGCAUCUCUUAAUACAGGAAGUACAAAUGAGGUUAGCUCUUAUGAUGAAGAUGAAGAACUGCGGACGGAAGAACAGAUGGACCGUUCCAGGAGGGACGGUCGACCAGAGGAAAGCGGUGGAGCAGACAGGCUACAGACGGUCGACCGGAUGGACCGUUCGGUUGUCCACGGUCGACCGUCCGAGAGGCAGAAUGACGGGUCCCUGAGAGAUGACCAAACGGUCGACCUGGUGGACCGUUCUGAUAUCCACGGUCGACCGUCCGCGAGGCAGAAUGGUGUUUCGUUUGGAGAUGAUCAAACGGUCGACCAUGAUGUGGAAGACGGUCGACCGUCUCCGAGGCAGAAAGUUAGCAAUCUAGAACAGCUUCAGACGGUCGACCCCGUGGUCCGUUCCACGGACGGCGGUCGAUCGUCCUCUUCCCAGCAGGCGGUGGAGAACUUGGGACGUGGUCAACGUGAGAAACGUCCAAAUGUACGCCUUGCCGAUUAUGUUACCCAUGUAGCUGGUUCACAUGUUGGUGAAAAAUGCAAAUAUCCUCUUGCCUCGCCACUUCAACUUGAUUUCUGGUAUGACUCUACUUCCUCAAAUGUAAAGGGAAAAAUUCCAACCUUCCCAUCCCAUAAAGUUUCACCAGUUUCCCCAAACCUUGGCCUCCCUACUGCUGCUACAAACAUGAUAUUUGGAAUGAACUUUUUUGAUUGUGACGUGUUAUGCCCGGUCUGCACGGUGGCUGGAGCAGUAAGGUGUGAAAGGUUUGCAGCUGAAAGACGUCCAAAACUGGGGUCGUGAUUGUUUGGAGCUCGACGUCCAUUGAAGAGGACCGAAGUUACGGGAGGUUCCGGACGUGUUGGCAGACCUUCAAAAGCUGCUGCUUCUGAUGCUGACAAAAGAGGAAGUUCAUUCAAAUCAAAGGGAAAUAAAGGAAGAUCCAUUGAAGGAAAAGAAUCUGCAGGGAAUUAAAGUGGAAGAGGAAUGAAGGACCAGUGCAGUAAAUGUACUUAUUUAUACUAAGAAAUGCAGGAGUAGUUA